AGUAUAUUUGCAAGAGUAAUCGAUUACAAAAGAUUGACUAUCGAAUUGCGUUCAUCUCUAAAACUAACGAGACCCGCUGACGUGUUUCCAGCAAUACAAAAUAAAACACGAAUCAGUUUCCACCAAAACACACAACAUUAAUCCAUAAUUCGUAUAUAUUUACUGAACGACGUCCAACGGGCCAUCAAAAUAGAAACCAUUAGAUACAGUACGACAACAGAGUGACGACUUCCCUGUGGUAAUCAACAAAUGCAACCAAAAAUUGCAGUCAUUGAAUUGAAAGUUGGCAAAUCGCAACCGCAACAUUAACGAAAUUGAGAGCGACGAUAGCGGCACUGGGUGGAGGGAGACAGAAGAGUGGCCACAAAAACAGCAACAAACGAGCUGGAAAGACAGAAACCGCAUUACAAUAAACUGUAGCCGUGGCCACACACCGAACACACACACGCACGCACAUUGAGUGCUUGUGGUCCACGUAGAAGAAGCUGCCCAAGCUACAGACAUAGAGAGAGACAGAGCAAUUCACAGACACAGCAGCAGAGAUGGCGUUGCUAACGAUGAUUGCCCGUGUCAUUGAUGGUCUUCCAUUGGUUGGCACCAUGCAGGACGACGAACAGAGCGGUCGCAGCAUUUUGGACUAUCAAAAUCAAGCGAAAAUGUUGUUUCGAAAGCUGGGUACACACUCGCCGGCCAGAAGCAGCAUUGAGACAGGACCAUAUCUCUUCCACUAUCUAAUCGAGAAUGAUGUUUGCUAUUUGGUGAUGGUUGAUAAAAUGUAUUCGAAGCGUUUGGCCUUCAACUAUCUGGAGGAUCUGGCACAGGAGUUUCAUACGAACUAUGGAAGGCGUGUCAAUUCCGUGACACGCCCCUACGCCUUUAUUGAGUUUGAUGUGUACAUACAGAAGGCGAAAAAGCAAUUAACCGAUCGCAGACGCAACAUCAGCAACAUCAACACACAGCUGCAGGAUGUGCAACGCAUUAUGGUUCAGAAUAUCGAUGAUGUGCUGCAACGUGGCACAGUCUUGGCAGAGUUGGAUACGAAAACACAGAACCUCUCGAUGAUGUCGCAAAAGUAUAAAAAGGAUGCCAAAUUGCUCAAUCGCAAAUCGAUGUACGUGAAGGCGGCGGCUGUGGGCACCAUAUUUCUAGUGUUUAUAUUAUACUUCUGGGUUUUGUAAUAUAUACAUGUGUGUAUGCGUGUAUAUGCUUUAAUAUGUGUAUGUGCAUAUGCAUAUGUAUAUUUAGUUGCUAGUUGUUAAUUGUUAAUUGUAAUUGGCUUAGCACCAGCAGCAGCAGCGGCGGCGACGAUGAUGAUGAUGAUAAUGAUGAUAUACUUAGUUGAUGUUGCUGUUGUUGUUGUUGCUGUUGCUGGCAGUGCCCUGAAAACGUCUGAGACGUGAAGCGGGCGCAGACAGCGGAAAGGCCAAAAGACAUUUAAAUAUUUUAUAUAGUAAUUGUACAACAACAACUGAAGCAACGACAGCAGCAGCAGCAGCAAUGAAACCGCUAGUUAAUAACAUUAACAACACUAAAUUUGGGGGCAAAACACAACACACGACUUUGACAUGCGCCGCGCUUGCUUUCAUUUACCUUGCGUUUUGAGUUUUUUUCUUUUACAAAUUUCAUUUAUCAUUUAAAUAUCAGAACAACAACGACAAGAUCAACUCCAUUAGCCAGCAAUAAGAACAGAACGAACCAUCACUCUUUGUAUUAACGCAUUUAUGCCUUUGUUAAUCUGAUUCGAUUUGAUUUAAUUUGUGUUUACAUACAUCGUAGUAUAAGCGGGGAGAACGCGCAGCCUUAGUUUCGAAAUUUUGUAAAUGAAUUGAAAAGUAAUAGAUGCAAGCAAAUGUGUGAAUAAAAAUAAUGUAGAUUGUAUAUGCAUAUGAUAUGCUGAUCAUGAUAUGAAUGACUAAUGAUGGAUGCUAUGUAACAUCAAUAAAAUACGAUUUAGGCAAUUUAUUUUAAAUUAUUAAGAAUAUUAAAUCAAUUUACAUUGUUUCAAAAUAAAAUAUAUGGCAUAUUGUAGAUUGAAACCAAACCAAUCGCGAGGCUUUACAAAAUCGAAUUUGGAAUACAUACGUCGUUCAGUUUUCUGUUCCCCAUUCCAAGAGUAACCAGUAAAAAUGCGAUUUCAAUUUUUUUUUUUUUUUUUUAAUGAUUAAUUUUUCCAUUAUAUAUUUGUCAUUUGAGUGAUGAUAUAUUCGCCUAUUCCUUGCCAUAUCCGUAUGCAAUAUAUAUAUGUGUAUGCAUAUUAUAUAUAGUUGGAUGCCACCUUUUGGUUUUCGCGAUUUUGCAUAUAUAAAUUUUUAAUAUCAAAUUUUUUACAAUUAGGAAAAAAUGCGCCGGUAUCAUUUACACAGUUUAUAUAAUUCUUGUAUAAUUUCCUUCUGUUAAAUAUAUAUAUAUAUAUAUAUAUAUUAAUUUAUGUGUGUAUAUACUACACUAUAUAUAUAUACGUGUGUCUAAAUUGCUUUAACAAAAUUGAUUAAAAAAAAAACAUAUUCGAUAGCGAAACAUUUCGUGAAAUAUACAGUAAAAAUGGCCAAUCGACAGGGAGCAUAUUUUUCUUUUCCUUAUAUUUUUUUUGUUUGUUUUAAAUUUAUCUUUUUCGUUUUUUUAGAUAAAUGAUAAAUGACUGAGUAAAACAUUUGUUGUAAUGCGAAUACAGUAUGUGUGCUUGAUUUUGGUUUUUUUUACUUAGAAUUUUAAUUUUGUUUUUU